AUGGCACCUGCCUGCCCUCUUGCUCUCACAUUCUUCUUCUGCUGUAUCCUCCUCCUUCAAACAAUCUGCUGUUCAGGAGUAUUUUUGGAGCUAUCAUAUGAUUCGACACAGGUCAAGACACUAUCCAGCUCAGUCAUCACUGAGUACAGAGUCAUGGUCACUGACAAGCAGCUUGCCUACCUUUUCUUGAAGCCAUGCAGAUCGGAGCCUCUCGCCGCCGCCGGCUCAUUUGUUAACGAAGUUCUUGGUCCCAACCGGCGUCUCAAUGUCAGCAACAUCAUCGUCACGGCCACCGACACGCAGCUCGGCGCGCUGCGCCGCACUUUGCAGUCAUUUCAGGCUUCUCUCGGCGACGCUGGAUUGGCGGAGAGCGUCAAGGUCUCGCCGGAGCUCUCGCUGUCUUCUCUGCGAAUCGUCGCCAAGGAUCGUGCCCGUGCCGGCAAGAAGCAGUGGGGCAAGGUCGUAGAAUUCGUCAGGAGGACAGUGGACGUGUCCUCCCCUCGGCGGGAGCUCGGUGAGGCAAGAGCGACGGCGCACGACGAGUUCUCGCCGGUCAGCAACCCGGCGACGACGCCCGUGAGCAACCCAGUGACCGUGCCGGCCACGAACCCCGUGGCCAACCCGAUGGCCCCGGGAUUCGUCACCGUGCCGUCGACCAACCCGGGCAACGGGUUCGCGACCAACCCGAACCUGCCGCCGCUGUACCCGGAGCCGACGACGCCGACGAUGCCGCCGGUGACGGUGCCAUCCCCCUUCACGAACCCGGUCGCCGCGCCGACUACCAUGCCGGGGACGGUGACGAACCCGGCUACGACGCCGUCGCAGUUCCCGGGAACGUCGCCGGUCACCAACCCAGUGACCACGUACCCGUACCCGCAGCAGGGCGGCGUCGGCGUCGGCGUCGGCGGCGGCAUGCCGGCAACGCAGCCGGUGUACCAGCCUCCGGCGACGACAAUGCCCGGCACCGGCACGGUGCAGCCGGGCGCGCCCACCGUGGCCGGGCAGGCGUGGUGCGUCGCCAAGUCGGGGAUCAUGGACACCACCCUCCAGGACGCGAUCGACUACGCGUGCGGCAUCGGCGGCGCCGACUGCUCGCCCAUCCAGCCCAUGGGCACCUGCUACAACCCCAACACGCUGCAGGCGCACGCCUCCUACGCCUUCAACAGCUACUUCCAGCGCAACCCGUCGGCGGCAAGCUGCGACUUCGGCGGCGCCGGUAUGCUCGUCAACGUCAACCCAAGCUCAGGAACUUGCAUGUACCAGACAUCAGCAGGUUUCGGCGCCGGUUACAGCCCGGGGACGACGGGCGGCGGCGUGCCCAGCGGUUACACUCCGGGGAUGUCGGGCACCGGUUACAACCCAGCGGGAGGGAUGUCGGGCACCAUGGGAGGGGGCUCCGGUUCCACGGUGCUCAACGCCAACAACCCCGGGGGCAACUCCAUGUAUGGCGGCUACGACAACCCGACGGGGCUCACCGCAGGCUCAGCGCCGCUGUCCUGCGGCGGCUGGGUCGUCCUGUGCCUCGUUUGGAUGGUCACCUUUGCAUUUGUCAAGGAGAACUGUAGAGCCCAGCUUGAGCUGCUUCAUGGAAUAGGAUCACACAUUGCCACAUGUUUGCUACUCAGUUGUGUUGUACAUAUGAGUGACCUUUCAUAG